UUUAAACUCAGACGGAGAGUCCACUGUCUUCUCCAACUGCCCCUGUCAAUCAGGGGUCAAAGCAAAAUGGCAGGCUGGGGGGACUGGACUUUAGCACUCACAGUGUGUGCAGCUGGUCUGCUGGUGGUCCAGGCCGACAUUCUAACGUACGCUACUGUAGGCCAGCUGUUUGUGCACGAGCUGCAGAGGGAACAUUUCCAGAAUGAAUUUGAGCCUUUCCUUUACGGGAGGGUGUUUAAUGACCCCAUGGUGUUUAAGUGUAACCGGCAGCUGUUCCCGGAUCUCCCCCGGUGGCUGCGCUUCACCCAGCGUCACCCCUACGAUAACGGCUUCCUGUACGGCACCCCGCUGCAGGGGGACCUGGGCAAGAACACAGUGCAGAUAUUCGUGACAAAUAAGCGAAGUUAUGACACCUUCAAGGAGCGGCUGGUUAUAAAUGUGGGGCCUGCAGUCAAACAAAUGCCCUACCAGGCUGAGUUCUUCAUUGGGCUGAGGGAGAUUGAGAAGGUGCUUCCCUCUGAGGUUCAGAAUGAGAUAAAGAAGGACAUUCAGAUGAUCUGGGGCACCGACAAGCUGGACUACGUCAACAUCACCUCUGCCCUGGACCGGGGCGGCCGUGUCCCCCUGCCGCUGGCUGGACACUAUGAGGGCGUGUACGUGAAGCUGGGGUCAGACCAGCCGUACUCUAAGUGCUUGCGGAGGCUGCAGACGGAAGAUCACCAGAGAGAGUGUAAAGCCGGCGGCAAAAUCGCUGGAGACUGCAGCGUCUGCACCAUCCCUGCUAACUGUGUAACCUGGUGCAAAUCAGUCUUGAUUGAUUUGUCCAGACCCGUUCCCCCUCCUCCAGCCCCGACUGUUGGUUCAGGAAUCCUGGCCUGGGGUGGCGAGUUUAACCCCCCCGACUCUCCACCUGACAGAGACUUUUUACCCGAGUACAUCGUCACUGUAAUUAUUCCUUUUAUUCUCGCCAUCAUCCUCUGCCUCAUUCUGGCCUAUGUGAUGUGCUGCAGGAGAGAAGGAGUUCAGAAACGAGAUGCCAAGACCUUAGAUAUCCAGCUGUACCAUUACCACACCAUCCAUGACAACAGCAGUGAGCUGAGGACGAUGGCGGACGGUCGCUCAGGCGCUCCUCAGCCCCGGUCCACUCUGCCCAUGUUCAACGCUCGCACUGGAGAGAAGGCGGCUCCUCAGUAUCCCUUCGACAGCGUCCACAUCCCUCUCAUCAUGGCCCAGCAGGAGCCGAAUGUAGACACCUUUCCCAGGAAAUAACAGCACAAAUCUGAGGAACACAUAAAAGGAGAAAUUUGCUUUGGAGCUUUUCUUUGUGGCCUGCUGCUUUUAUCUGACCUGUGUUUCAUAUAUAACCACACAUUUGCACUGAAGUGUUUUGAGCUGUGAACAUACACUUUACCAUAUAUACUGCACAGAUGACUUGUUCUGGAUUUGUAAUGCUGCCUGUUGUUUACCGUUUUAAACAGUGUUGGAUUUUUAUCUUCAUAUUUGAAAAAUAUAAUAAAAUCUAUUGGGUACAUUU